GUUGCAAUUAUAAAUUAGCGUGUGCCUUGACAUUUCCCCAAAAACAUAAACAAAAACAGUAUUUUCUCCCAAAUUUUGAUUACAAUUUCUGUGAAAAAAUUAGUGCAAUAAUUAAAGAUUUUGGUGAAAAUAGUUGUCCACCAUUAGAAUGGCCCAACAGCCGUUGGAUUUUCUGAGAGAUUACAAUGAACCGAAUGAGAAAAAAGAACUAGAUGUAAAUGUUUCGGUAGUAUCGUCCCAGGGACCGAGCUCCGAUGGAACCGACUCGACACCGACCGGAAGGAAAAUCUUACGUCGCAAGAGACGUGUCGAGAUCACCAAGCGGGAUCAGCAGCGAGCUGAGGCUCAAGAGCGACGGAGACAGGCCCGCCAUGUCAUUGAAGUGGAAUGCAAAUGUCACUUGUCUUGUCCGAAAAGAAUCAACCUGGAACAGCGCCGCGCUCUAAACAAUAAGUACUGGGAGAUGGAUACUGUCACGCAGCGGCAGUACGUUAAAACCCACUCCGUUCCCGGCCCGGUUAAACGGCGCAGAGUACCGGCGGAUCCGCUGGGUGGAUUGCCGGACGUGAAGAAAGCAUUUUCCUAUGCGUUCUAUCUGCCGGACGAGCAUGGCGAGCUAAUGAUGGUCUGCUGUACGUUUUUCCUAAAUACAUUGGGUUUUCGGAAAGGAUGCGGAAAUCAUAUUUACCGGGCACAUACGAGAGACGGCCUUGAAAACAAACGUGGCAAGUAUGAACGUGAUCGGUCUCUGCGGGAUGCUGUGUGGGACGAUAUCCUGUCCUAUUCACCUAGAACCUACCACAAGGGAUCAAAAUUUAGUCCGACUGCCAUGUAUUUACCAAGUAACAUGACGGCUAAAGCGAUGCACGCCGAAUUCAAAGCUAGGAGAGAAGCCUAUGGUGAAAAAGGAUGCAGUGCGAGUUUCUAUUGUGCUGUACUGCGCGAAAUUGAUAUCCGUUUUGUUGAUAUGGAUGAUUUCGUAAUGCCAGAGAGGAAGCCUAUUCCUGUGGUGGUUCCCAAACCUCCAAGCACACCACCACCUCCAAUGGAAACAGUUCCACCUGUUACACGUGGCGUUGAUCCCGUAGAGAUUGUAGAAAUUGAAGAACCAAAAAUACAAAUGAAGAUAGAUAAAUCUCAACCGGAAUGUUCAUAUCCGGCAACGCUACCAACGUAUCAACCUUUCCAAACGGUUCCGGUUGUGGAACAUCAACCUCAGCAUGGAUUGUACUCCUACACCGGGGAUCAGAAGCCAGUUUUACCGCAGUAUGUCCCAGGACCUUAUCAUUCAAUAGACGUUCCUUUCCAACCAGUAAUAGUUAAACAAGAACCUUACUACGGCAUGAACGUUGAACCAAUGAGUGUAUCAGAUUCACACUUCACAGAAGAAAAUGGAGAUGGAGACUAUUCGAAUAUGACGGUUCAUCCGGACUAUUCCGAAUCCAAUUCAUACCAUGAGCCGUACGAACCAGCAAUUCAAAUCGAGAAGAUAGAAGCACCCACAGAUUUCUAUUCGCCGUUCGUGACGCCAGAACAACAUGAACAGCAAGCCAUCAAUGCGGCACUCCCCGUUCAACCCAAUCCUAAAAUUUCAAAGCCAAAAACUAAACCAGUGAAAACGAAACCGAUCGACCUUGCCAAACUUGAGAAGGAUAUAGCGGAAGGAUAUUCCCCAAUGAAACGCACUAAAAAGUUUAUGACUCGGGUUCGCAAUCAAGCCAAGCGACAGCUGAUGCAUCCGGUGGUAGAGCAGGGUUGCAAUAACUGCUAUCUGAACUGUAAGGAAAAAAUACCAACCGAGCAGCAAGAGGUGUUAAACAAACGCUAUUGGGGCAUGACUUUUCCUGAGCAACGAAUGUUCAUGCUGGAGCACACCGAGCGGCAUUCUAUCAAACGACGACGUGCGAAAGUCGAUCCCGAAACCGUGGUUCGGAAGGGGUUCACUUAUUCGUAUCGUCUGACGGAUGACCAAGGCCAGUAUCAGCAGGUUUGCUGUCAGUUUUACUUGAAUACCCUCGGAUAUACAGCCGGUUGUGGAAAUCUAAUCUACCGAGCUCACCAGGUGGAACUGAGCCGAGCAAUCAGUGAUAAUCGUGGAAAAUUCACCCGAGAUCGAACCCUGCGCGAUGCUGUGGAUGACGACAUUACGAGCUACUUUAGUGCCGAACUACAGGAGAGUGGCGGGCCAUUCGAUCUGUCGGCUACGGAUUGGUCACCGAAGAAAAUGUACAACAUAUAUGUUCAACGACAGGCAGCCCUGGGUAUCGAUAAGCCGGGCAGUUUUGCCUUCUACUGGCGACGAACGAGAGAACUGAAAGUUAUAUACGCUCCCAAGCCGGAACCGAAAAACCCUGGACAGAAAAAGUAUCGCCGCAGACGUCCCCCUACGAAAGCUCAGAAACAAUUGGAGGCGGAGACGCUAUCACUUCCUGUGCAGUUCCCGGUCAUGCCCUUGCAAUAUGCACCUAGAAGUUUAACUACACAAUCCGAUGGAAAUGGUUGCGAAUAAUAUGCAAUGUAUUAUGUAAUAUAUUUAUUUUAUCCUAGAUAUAGGGCAUUUUUUGUUGUUUCAUGAUUUAUGUACUAAUAUAUAAAACCGCUAAGGCAUUGCAUAAUAAAGAAAA